AUGGACAAUACACCCUCAGGUUGUUGCGACAAUUUGGGCAAGAUUCGGCAGGGCUGCCGUAGAUCUCUUCGCCUCGCACGAAAACGCCCAAUGUCCUCUGUACUUCUCUCUAAGGGACACAGAUGCGCCUUUGGGUGUGGACGCGCUUGCUCACCCGUGGCCAAACGCGCUGCUUUACGCAUUCCCUCCCCUGAGCCUCAUCUCCCCAACGCUGACGAGGGUGAGAGAGCACGGUCUGUCUCUCCUCCUCGUAGCCCCACUAUGGCCAGGGAGAGCAUGGAUAGCAGAGAUUACCCAACUACCCUCGGGGAAACCAUGGCAGCUUCCCCUACGCAGGGAUCUCCUUCGCCAAGCGAGAGGGCAGAUAUUCCACCCCCACCCAGACAGACUGGCCCUCUGGGUCUGGCCCGUGAAAGGUUUAAUUUGAAUGCGGUUGGCCUCCCGGAUAACGUGAUUGCCACAAUUCAAAGCGCACAAGCCCCUUCCACUCGUUCUCUUUACGAUAACAAAUUGAGGGUCUUCGAGAAGUGGUGUGACGAGAAUCAGACCAGGACGUUUCAGUGCUCUGUGUCUGAGGUGCUUUGUGUCUUGCAGUCUUUAUUGGACAAGGGCAAGGCUUUUUCUACAAUUAAGGUCUACUUGGCUGCCAUAUCCGCAUGUCAUGUGGGAUUUGAUGGCGCGUCAGUGGGAAAGCAUCCUCUGGUGAGCCGCUUUAUGAAAGGUGUGCGGCGCUUACGCCCCCCAACAAAGCAGACAUUUCCCUCCUGGGAUCUGUCGGUCGUUCUGGAUGAGCUUUCAGAGCCCCCAUUUGAGCCCAUGGAAAACAUUGCAUUUAAACAACUCUCGCUAAAAACAGUGCUGUUACUCGCGCUUGUUUCGGCUAAGAGGGUAGGGGAAUUACGCGCUCUCUCUGUACACCCGUCGUGCCUGCAGGUUAGCGAGGAAGGAAAAAGAGCGUUACUCAGUCCAAACCCGUCCUUCGUACCAAAAGUGAUUGAGGCUUCUUACAGAUGCUCAUCUUUGGAUCUGAACGCUUUCCACCCUCCGCCGUUUUCUUCGAGGGAGGAGGAAAGAUGGCACCGGCUCUGCCCGGUGCACGCGUUGCGCAUUUAUGUGGACAGAACGAAGGCUUUUCGCAAGACGGAUCAGCUGUUUGUGUCAUGGAGCGCAGCUCGUCGUGGGCUUCCUAUCUCAUCCCAGCGCCUCUCUCACUGGAUGGUGGAAGCUAUCGGUUCGGCUUAUGAGGCCAGAGGCAUGCAGCCUCCAGCGCGCCUAAAAGCGCACUCCACGAGAGGGAUGGCCACCUCCUGGGCGCUGUUCAGGGGGAUAUCAGUCAGUGAUAUUUGCUCUUCAGCAAGCUGGGAAAGUGCGCACACGUUUACCAGAUUUUACAGUUUGGACGUUACUAAACCCUCUCUAGCUCACGCAGUCCUUGGGGUGGGCAUUCAAUAG